GGAUCAUAUACCUUCAGUGCUGCCUACCCGCUCAAUCGUACAACUUACUGCAGCUUUCCGCUUUUCGUAAUAUUAUUAUAAUUAUUUUAAUAGUUUAUUCACAUUCAAACGCUUUCAAAACUUACCAGACGACAUGGAAGAAUUCUUUAAGGGCAAAAAGUUCAUCGUCACCGGCGCUAACGCGGGAAUUGGCGAGACGAUUACUAAACGCCUAGUGUCAUUGGGUGCUCACGUUUUCGCUGUUGGACGUGACGCAAAGAAAUUACCACCGGCUACGCCUAACCUAACUCCAGUUUGUGCAGAUGUGGGUGAAUGGGACUCCUACGAUAUUAUUAAAAAAUUGGGACCUGUCCACGGCUUGGUGAAUAAUGCUGGAGUGGCGUAUAUCGAAUCUUUCUUUGACAUGACACAAGAAGGAUGGGAUAAAACAUUAAAUAUCAACGCAAGAGGAAUCGUUCGCAUAAGUCAGGCUGUAGCACAGAACAUGAAGGAUGCUGGAAUUAAAGGGUCCAUCGUUAACGUGUCCUCAACAAUUUCAGAAAGAGCUAUUCCAGACCACACGUCGUAUUGUGCAUCAAAAGGUGCAGUCAACCAAGUGACAAGAGUUAUGAGUAUCGAGCUGGGACCAUUGGGUAUCCGUACCAAUAACGUCAACCCGACUGUGGUUAUGACAAAAAUGGGUGCUAAAGCAUGGUCCGACCCAGUGAAAUCGAACCCAAUUUUAAGUAGAAUACCAAUUGGACGAUUUGCUGAGUGUGACGACGUAGCAAAUGUGACUCUAUUUUUACUCAGUGACUAUUCUACUUACGUAAAUGGUGUUUCAAUUCCAGUGGACGGUGGAUUUUUGGCCAGUUAAACAUAGAUUACCUACCUAAGAAACAACUCCAUACCCACAUCACGAACGGUCUGAAUAAUAUCAUGAGAGAAAAAUUGAAUUAUUUUAAUUAUAAAACGAUAAAGCUAAACGUAAUUUAAUUAAUUUUUUAAAUUUAAAUUUCAUGAAUUAUUGAUUAUUUUUUGUAAUAUACCUAAGUAAGUACGUGUUAAAAAAAUGUAUAACUUUCAAUUUUCUGUGUAUAUUAAAUACAAAUAGAUUUAUACACUUAUUAUACGUUUGUUUCAAUUUAAAGAAUAAAAUGGAAUUUUAGUUUAUUAUUUAAGACAUUUUUUUUGUAGAAGUAGUGUUAGUAGGUACUUAUUGAUACUCGUGUUGUAUAAAAAACGUGGAUACAGCGACUAGGUGUUAUAUAUGCAUUUAUAUCUCAACUAACGCGGAGUACUACCAUAUUAAUUAUGUUAAUUUAUUGUAUAUUUGUAUUGAUAAUAUGAUUUUAUAAGUGGCAGAAGGUUAAUAAAAAAAUGGUCAAGUUUUUGUUUAAACUGCA